CAUCGCAACCCAAUAAAAAAAACUAAAUAGCUGCAAAAAUGCCUUGGACGCAAAAGACAUUUACUCUGCCCUCAAAAUCGCGCGGCUCCUACCUCAUAACUGACCACAUCCUUUCAUCGCUGCCGGAAAUCCGCGAGUACAAGGUCGGCAUGUUGAACCUCUUCGUUCAGCACACCUCCUGCGCGCUCUCGCUAAAUGAGAACUGGGACGAGGAUGUCCGCGAGGAUAUGUCUGAUGCGCUGGACCGCAUUGCGCCCGCUGACAAGAAGGGGAACCUUUAUCGGCACAGUGCGGAGGGGGAGGAUGAUAUGCCGGCACAUAUCAAGUCUGCGCUCAUUGGAGCGUCGGUCAACAUACCUAUUUCGAACGGCAAAUUGGCGACGGGAACGUGGCAGGGCAUUUGGUACUUGGAAUUCCGGGCUAUGAGGCAUACGAGAAAGGUUGUUGCUACUAUUCAGGGGGAGAAGGAGUGACUAGAUGCAGAUGUGGAUUAUCAUCUAUAGUAUCAGGGUGCUACUAUUAGUUGGUUUGCAU